AUGGCUAUUUUCCGCUCGUACAUUUUACGUCUGAUGGAUGAAGAAAGGACACACGUGAAGCAAGGACGGACUGAUCGUCAGCAUCUUGUCGCGCGUCUGAUGCGCGCAUUAGACACAAAUCAAAGUCCCGGCGAGGCACCUCUCUACGAAGUCGCGGACGAAAACAAGGCUAUCAAGACUGUGAAUAUGACCGAGGAAGAGAUCAUCAGCAAUCUCUUCGUAUACGCAUUUGCCAGGAACGACACUACAGCAAUCGCACUAACCAGCAUACUUCACCAUCUCGCCGCGAACCCACUCUUGCGAUUGUGGGUUAGUGAAGAACUACACCACUACCUUACUUCUAGCGACACCAGCACAUGGAGUUUCGAGAACUUCAAAAAGCUAAAACGCUGUGGUGCUGUGAUUAUGGAAACAUUGCGUAUCUGCCACCCACUAUCCCAAUUAGUCAAGACGACGGGUUCAAAUUUUCAACCCUUGAAAUACAACGGUGAAACAUACAUUAUCCCUGCCGGAACGUCAGUCCGUUGCUCUAUACCAGCUCUCCACGCACUCCCCAAAUACUAG